AGCAAAUCCUACUAACCAUUUCCCUGCACUCCUGCUUCUUACGACCUGAAAGACCCUUGACGCGAUUUCUACAGUCAAUUUGUCAUCAAGUUCAAGAGUUGGAUUCCCGUGGAACCCGCCAGCGGCGAGAGGCCGAGCUCUGCAAAUGCUGACCCUAGGCUGUAAUCCACGUUUCCGGGCAUUUUCAUUAUCGUCUUCAGACUGUACCAACCAGUCGCGCGGAGGCCUUCCUCGCUUCUUCUCCGAAACCCUACCCCCUUCCAAGGGUGGUGUUGUGCGUGUGGAAGGCGAUGAAUUCUGGCACAUGACUAGGGUUCUGAGGCUAGGAAUUAACGAUAGGGUAGAGCUAUUUAAUGGAAAGGGAGGUUUGGUUGGCGGGCGCAUAGAGAAUAUUGAUCGUGCAGGGGUAGAUUUUAUAGCACUGGAGAACCCAAAACUAAUUUCUCCUAUGACCCCACAAUGGCAUAUUUUUGCUGCUUUCAGCACAUUAAAGGGAGGCCGAGCUGAUUGGCUAGUGGAGAAAUGCACUGAGCUUGGUGCAUCCAGUGUUACUCCUUUAUUGACUGAGCGCUCUCAGUCAAUAUCGGAAAGUCGGGUGGACAGACUGGAGCGAGUUAUUCUAGCUGCAGCGAAGCAAAGUCAACGCUUACAUGAAAUGAUUUUGAAGCCUCCUAUUGUAGUGGGUGCACUCCUACCGGUUGUAGCGCACUCAAGGUUAUCUUUGGUGGCUGCUGCGGAGGCUACUCCUGUUUUUAAUACAUUUAGUUCUCUACAAAAAGAACCUAGUGGGGUCAUAAUAAUUGGACCAGAAGGAGACUUCACCGAGAAGGAGUUAAAUUCUAUAGUGGAGGCUGGUGCAAUUGCUGUUGGUCUGGGCCCACUUCGCCUGCGUGUUGAAACUGCUACAGUGGCUCUCCUUUCAGCUCUGAUGUUAUGGUCUGACUCCCAGCAAACUGCCAGAAUUUAACUGCACUUCGGGGAAGCUUUCUGUUCUUAAGGAGAUGUAUUUUAUAUAUUCCCAUCCCUUAACAUCACAUUAGUGUGGAACUCUGUAUCUUCCUGUUUAAUUCACCCUCUUUGGUUAUAGUUUCUUGACGUAGUACUUGUUUUUGUGGUACCCUGCUUUUUGGAGGGUCCUUCAUUGUAUGAAACCAAAGGUAUUGCACGGAAUGUCAAAGCUUAUAAUGAAUAGUGCUACAGUUAUUUUUUUCUCCUUUACAUUUGGAUAUUGUCUUUAGUGCCCGUAAAAUGGGUACAAGAUUUA